ACCCUUUACUAGUGACAGCCUUCAUACCUGUGUUAUGCGCAAGCAUCGCUAGACGCCUGUCAGAUCAGCAUGCCUCGGAAACGCGACUCCACGCUCAGCGAGCCCUCUUCGGUCAAGCGAAGAAAAUUAACAGACAACAUAUCAUCGGAGUCACAAUCUCCAGCUCAACCUCGCAUGACAGAAAAGGAGAAGGAGAAGCUCGUGCAUUGGUUGGACCAGGCAGACAAGAAGGAUGGUCCCAUCUUCAAUGUCGUCGUCCCCGCUAAAGGCCAUGGCGCAAAGAAGUCAUCAGAUAGCACUGAAAAACCCCUGAUCCUGGGUGACAGGAUCUAUUUGGAGGCUCGCUGGGCCGUCAAGCCGAUGGAAAAAUGGUCCCAAAUGACCAAGUACAAGAAAUUCACAGUAGGAAACCAGACUCAUUCUUGUGGAGAUUGCGUGCUAGUAAAGCCGGGUAACGACUCUGGUCCGGAUUGGAAGGCUCAAGUCCACGAAGUUCGAGCUGCUGACGAACACCAUGUCUUUCUUCGGUGCACAUGGCUGGAGAAUCCUGAGGAGCUACCCAAGGAAGCGCGCACCAUGCCACCAUAUCAUGGUCGCUUCGAACUCGUACCUGGCAACAAGAUGGACGUUAUUGAUGCAUUGACCGUGAACGGACCAUUGAAGGUGGUACAUUGGGACGAGUCAAAUGAUGAUGCAGAGAUGCCAGGUCCCGGCGAGUAUUUCUGGAGACAGACGUACAAUUACGACACGAAGGUCUUAUCGCCACUGCGCCUGAUAUGUGAAUGCAAACAACCACACAAUCCGGAUCAUCUCAUCGUCAAGUGUAGCAACCAAGCUUGUGGGAUCUGGCUCCACGCCUCCUGUCUAGCCAAAGAUGUUGUUCAACGUAAACAACAAGAACAGGGAAUCAAGGCCGAACCAGGAACGAAAGGCAGAAAACAAGCACGGAAAUCUGUCGGCAAAACGAGCGGUACCAAAACCGUCGCAGACGAUAACGGCGUCUGUGAGGAAGACGAGAACACCAAGGCAGAAUUGGUGGUACCUGAAUCUGCAGCCCCUGAGAUGCUAGUGACUAACAAGAAGACCGGUGAUGAGGCCAAGGAGCCAGUACACUGUCUGUCUUGCAAAGAGCUCAUACAGUAAACAAGCUUACGGGUAUCAAAAGAGAGAAUGCGGCCUGAUCUUAGGGAUGGGCCUCGUAAACAUCUGUGGAAGCUUCCAUAUCGCUUUGCUGUAUACACCUUUGCUUGGAAACACCUACAUAGCUUUAGCUUUAGCUUUAAAUACAUCAACCCAGCCAGGAAUCACCUGGCUAUGAACAUACAAUUCUAAAGACCAAAUCACAC